AUACAACCCCUUUUCCAUUCUUUCACCUUUUCUCACUCACUUUUCAGUUCCAAAGUUAUUGCCAAUAUUCCAAUCACAAUAUUGGGUCCUUUUGGAGACCAACUUAGUCUUCCUUCCUGCCCUGGGGCUUCUCCUCGAGACAACAGAGUAACUAAUGCAGGACUUUGAAGAAACAGGCGCCUGCUGUGCCCUUUUCCCUAGGCGGCCUAUCUGCUGCCCCUGGGGAGUAAGUCCAACAAGCAGGAUCUCAGACCCCUGGGUCUACCCAGUCCCAUCUGGGGUGCCAAAAUGUGGAUCAAUUUUCCAUCCACUACACAGUUACAGUUAUAAUUUUACUGAAGAUUAGACAUACUUACAUCAACUAGUCAUCUUUUUGAAGAGUAAAGUACCACACAGAACCAGAGAGUGAGAAAAAGCAAAGGUCAAAGUUUAUUGUUCCACCACACGAGAUCCACACCAUUUCAGAUGUCCCAAAAGUGAUCUGAAAACCCAAGAGUGGGGCUCCCCUUUUUAUACAGUGUCUUGCUAUGAGCCUCCACCCUCCAUGUCUAUUUUUAAUACCAAUAGGUAUGACCAUAUUUAUACCCCAAUGCCCAUUAUGUUCUUCCUUUAAACAUUUCCCAGUACCCUUAGCAUUGCCCUAUCAUCAGUUUAGGUUUUUAAAAACCAACUUCUUCUUUUCUUCAUCAUUCACGCCUGACUUUGACUGGGAGAGGACCUAGACAACAUAUCUCUCAUAUCCACCUACCAUGGCUAGUAACAGUGGAUUCGGCUUUCUGCUCUCAUCCUUAGAAGGCUUGGAGGGUUUAGACCUGAACACCCGCUACCAGCUGUCUCACUUAUUCGCAGACUUGAAUCUCUUGAUCGAUGUUCUACGUACCCCAGCCGAGACCUCAACUUUUCCACCACCUUUAAGAUACAGGCUCAGUCCAGCUACGAUUGGCGUUGAUGUUUCAACUCAGACAGAUUUUCCCUCCUAUGUACCCUCUGAACAUUCCUCUGAAUACCCUGAGGACGAUGAUGACAUGGCUCGCUCUGAUCCUGAAUCCAACUUCUCUCAGCCCUAUACUCCUGCUAGUCCUGAUUAUUCCGAUACCCUGUUGAGUCCUACUUCUUCUCCGGGGCACACCCCAUACUAUAAGCCUUUCUCCCCUUUCUGCUAUGCUUCUCCAACAGACUAUACGCCCACUAGUCCUACUUAUUCUUAAUAAAACAUAUUUCUCUGUACCCCUAGUUUUCCCUUGUGUUUUGUUUCCUUCAUUUUUCACUCACAACAGAUUCCUAAAAUGGUGUAAGUGCUGUUUUUAGUUUCUCAGUUGCAAAAGG